CUCAAGACCCAGGUAAUGUAAUCUACCAUAUAUAGAUACUCCUGCUGCAUUAGUAUCCGAGAGUGGACUGGGGACUGGAUCACCAGCGUCGCCUUCACGCCUAUAAAUAAAGAUCCGCGGUGGUGAAGGGGGAUCGAACACUUCAAUCUCCAAUCUUCAACCACCAGCGGCUGUAGCUUUUGUUCCAGCCAGGAAAGAAGAAGAAGAAGAAGAAGAAGAAGAAGAAGAAGAAGAAGAAGUCCGUACGAGCUACCUCGGCCAUGAAAAUUACUAGAGUUGGACGAUUACUCCUCUUGGUGUUGUUGGUGACUUUGAGUGCACACUAUGUGGUCGUCGUCGGCACCUCUUCUUCCUUACAUGGAAACACGACAGAUAUGCUAUCUUUGCUUGAUUUCAAGGAUGCAAUCAGCCUCGAUCUGCAACAAGCCUUGAUGUCCUGGAAUGAUAGCACCCAUUUUUGCAAUUGGGAAGGUGUCAUGUGCAGACUGAAGACUCCACGUCGAGUCACCUCGCUAAACCUUGUAAGUCAAGGUUUGGUUGGACACAUCUCUCCUUCACUUGGCAACCUAACAUUCCUUCACUCUCUAGCCCUCACGGAGAACACACUCGCUGGAGAGAUCCCACCCUCCCUCGGUCACCUGCGUCGCCUCCGAACCCUGCAUUUGAAUAAUAACACGUUGCAAGGAAAUAUGCCGAGUUUCGCAAACUGCUCAAAGCUCAAGGUACUAGAUGUUUCAGUUAACAAUCUAGUUGGCCAAUUUCCCACUGAUUUGCCUCCUGACCUUCAGGUGCUGCGGAUCGCACUUAAUAACCUUGCCGGCACCAUACCUACUUCUCUUGCCAAUAUCACAACACUAACCAUGAUUAGUUUUGCGUAUAAUCACAUCCGGGGAAAUACCCCAAGUGAUUUUGCAUCUUUUUCGCGCUUGCAACACCUGUAUGCAGGUGCCAAUCAGCUAGCAGGCAGGUUUCCACAAAGCGUCUUAAAUCUGUCUACUCUCAUCAACCUUGCCCUUCCUCUCAAUGGUCUAAGUGGAGAGGUACCACCAAAUCUAUGUACCUCUCUGCCCAAUCUGCAGAAACUUGCAUUAGGUGGCAACUUCUUUCUAGGGCACAUUCCUAGUUCUUUCACGAAUGCUUCCAAUCUACACCUCUUUGAUUUGGCGGAUAACAACUUCACCGGAUUGGUGCCCACCACGAUUGGCAAACUUACCAAACUCUUGAGCUUCAAUCUUGAAUAUAAUCAGCUCCAAGCACACAGCAAGAAAGAUUGGGAGUUUUUGGACAGCUUAGGAAACUGCACAAAGCUACAGGUAUUCUCCAUGAGUUACAAUCAUCUAUCAGGGCACGUACCGCAUUCACUAGGUAACAUUUCCAGUCUGCUCCAGUAUCUACACUUGGAUGAAAAUCAACUAUCAGGAGAUUUUCCUUAUGGUAUAACAAACCUUCGCAACUUGAUUGUUGUAUCACUGGGAGGGAAUCACUUUACAGGUGUGGUUCCAGAGUGGAUUGGGACUCUCAACACAUUGCAACAGAUAGAUUUAGACACAAACCUCUUUACGGGGGUCAUUCCGUCAUCCUUGUCAAAUUUGUCUCAGUUGGGGCAACUUGAUCUACACUCAAACCAGUUCAUUGGCCAGAUACCACCAAGCUUUGGUAACUUUCCCAUGCUUCAAUAUUUGGACAUUUCCAAGAACAAUCUUCAUAGCGGAGUUCCAAUGGAGAUCUUUGGAAUCCCAUCAGUUAUUGGAAUUGAUUUUUCAUUCAACAACCUUGGUGGACAACUCCCUAUCGAGAUUGGCAAUGCCAAACAACUCAUAUAUUUUCGAGUUUCGUCAAAUAAGCUAUCUGGAGAUGUUCCAAACACUUUGGGUGAUUGUGAAAGUUUGGAAGACAUUGAGUUAGACUCAAAUAUUUUCAGCGGAAGCAUUCCCACUUCAUUGGGCAAGAUAAGCAGCCUCAAAGUUUUGAAUUUUUCUUCCAAUAACUUAACUGGGUCAAUACCAGCAUCUCUUGGCAACCUACAACUUCUGGAGAAACUUGAUUUGUCAUUCAACCAUCUUCAUGGUGAAGUUCCAACAAAAGGGAUCUUCAAGAAUGCAACUGUUGUGCGGAUUUAUGGAAAUCAGGGGCUUUGCGGUGGGGCAUUGGAGUUGCACAUGCUAACAUGUUCUUUUAUGCCUUCAAAUUCAACUAGGCACAAGGAAUACUUAGUGUUGAAAGUAGUCAUCCCAAUAGCUAGUAUGGUGUCACUUGCUAUGGUCAUAUUUGGAUUAAUUUUCUGGAGAGGAAAACACCAAGGCAAAUCUGUAUCGUCACCAUCAUUUGCUACAAAAUUUCCCAAAGUUUCUUUCAACGAUCUGGCAAGAGCAACAGAGGGAUUCUCAACAUCCAACUUAAUUGGAAGAGGGAGAUAUAGUUAUGUCUACCAAGGAAAACUAGCUGAAGAAGAAAAUGAGGUUGCUAUAAAGGUCUUCAACCUAGAGACAAGAGGAGCACAAAAAAGCUUCAUUGCAGAAUGUAAUGCAUUGAGAAAUGUGCGGCACCGUAAUUUGCUACCUAUCUUAACCGCUUGCUCUAGCAUCGAUUCUGAUGGUAACGAUUUCAAGGCCCUAGUGUAUGUGUUCAUGCCACGAGGAGACUUACAUAAACUACUAUAUUCAACUCAAGACCAUGAAGGCUCUUCUAAUUUGUACCUUAUAACAAUGGCUGAAAGGAUAAGCAUUUUGGUGGAUGUAGCAGAUGCACUGGAGUACCUACACCACAACAACCAAGGCAUAAUGGUUCAUUGUGAUCUAAAGCCUAGCAACAUUCUUUUGGAUGAGAAUAUGACAGCUCAUGUUGGAGACUUUGGCCUGGCAAGAUUCAAAGUUGGUUCGACUUCAUCAUCUCAGUGUAACUCAAGUUCUUCUUCGGUUGCAGUAAUGGGAACAAUUGGAUACGCUGCUCCAGAAUAUGCAGGGGGUGGUCAAGUUUCAACCGCCGCGGAUGUUUACAGCUUUGGUGUCGUUCUCCUCGAGAUAUUCAUUCGAAGAAGGCCAACUGAUGACAUGUUUAAGGAUGGACUGAAUAUCGUGAAGUUUACAGAGAUUAGCUUUCCUGAUAGUGUAUUGGAGAUUGUCGAUCCCCAGCUGCUACAGGAAUCGGAGGAAACUCCAGUAGUAUUGAAGGAAACAAGUGUAAAUGUUCUGCUACCUAUUCUAAACAUUGGCCUUCGCUGCACCAAGGCAUCUCCGGGUGAACGCAUCACCAUGCAUGAGGUGGCUGCUAAGCUACAUGGAAUCAGGGAUGCAUAUCUCAAUGCUAACUGAAUAGACAAGUUGUUGUAUAAUUGGUUUUUAUCACAUAUCGUGUAUUUAAGAAGUAUUAGCUAGCUGAACAAGCAAGUCUAUGUAUAGUUGGUAUUUGUCACAUAGCGUGUAUGUAAGGGGCCCAUAUUUAUAAAUCCACACGUUUACGGUGUUACUGCAUCAGCCUAGAUAGUGAA